AUUUUUAUUGCUGAACCCUUUUUCUCUCCAUAUCCGCAUACCUACGCCAUGCCCGAGGAGACGACAAAGAAGCCGCGCGUCGACCUGCGCUCCGACUUCCCGCACGGCAAGGAAGACAGCGACCUGCACAUCCGCCUCAACCCGUCGCUGCUCACGGCCGAUUUCACUACUCCCUUCCACACAGCCUACACCAGCGAUUCGCUCUCGGCAACCACCACGAUCGCCUCUGGCGACAGCACUGGCACAAUCGUCGCAUCGCCGUUCCACACCGGCAAGCUAACCAACGUGUUCCCCAAACACUUCCUGCUGGCGCUCAAGGAGGAGCUGAAAACGCUGACGUGGCACCACCGAUCCAACGACCUGUACAAGUUCAACCAGACCGACGACUUGGCGCUCAACGCAUUACCGCACAUUAAGGCGCUCAGGGACUACAUGGCAGGCGAGGAAUUCGUCGGAUUCAUGGAGAGCAUCACCGGAUUGGAGCUCACCCGCGGCUACCUCGAUCUGGCAGCCCAGCGGUACAAGUCCACCAACCACCUGCUGUGCCAUGACGACGACGUCCACCGUGGCAAACUGGCGCGCAGAAUCGCCUAUAUCAUCUACCUGGUCGACGAAGAGUGGUCGGCGGAGGACGGCGGCGCCCUGGGUUUGUUUGGCAACGACGAGAACCGCCAUCCGACGAGCAUCCAGGAGCACAUUGUGCCAGAGUUCAAUUCCAUGGGCUUCUUCCGCACCGGCCUCGUCUCGUAUCACACGGUCGAAGAGGUCACUGUCAAGGAUCUUGCCCGCGAGCGCUGGUCUGUCACCGGCUGGUUCUACGGCCCUGUCACGCCUGAGAUCACUCCCGACCCUGACCACCUCCCCCACCUGCCUGCAUCUGUCCUGCCCGCCGUCGCCGAUCUCACCGACACCUCCUGUGAACUCGAAAAGUGGGUCAACCCGGACUACCUGAAACCCGAGACCCAGACCCGUAUCCUCGAUGCCCUGAUGGAGCAGAGCAGUGUUGAGCUGCGCGACUUUUUGCGCUCCGACGUCUUUGAGAAGGUCUCGCAGGAGCUCUCGGACGGAUUCUGGUCAGAGGCGCCGCUGAUGGGCCCGCCCAAUCUGCGCCAGUACCUGGCCGCCGAGCCAACGACUCCGCUGGUCAAGGACCUGGCCGGCUUCCUGCGGUCAAAGAGCUUCGCCAGCCUGCUCAAGUCCCUGACAUCUCUCGAUUUGAUCAAGGGAUCGCAGGAGCUGCGCAAGUUCUCGCAUGGCCACUACACGCUGAUCCACGACCAGGCACUGGAGCCCAACGGUCUUGACGUCACUCUGUCGCUAACCCAAAAGACCGACUGGGACGACGAGGCAUGGGGCGGUGCCACGCACUAUAUCGCCGAUGCCGACGAGCUGCUGCGCAUUCAGCCUGCCACCAACUCGCUUGCACUGGUGCUGCGUGACGAGGGCGUGCUGCGCUUUACAGGAGAUCUCUAUGGUUUUUAUUGA